AUGUCUGAAGCGGACACCUACCUCGACAUCGCCGCCAACCGGCGCUCCAUUUACAACCUGACCGGCGAAUCGACCAUCUCGGACGAGAAGCUCGAGGAACUGGUCAAGAAGACCCUGUUGGUGACUCCAUCCGCAUUCAACACCCAGAGCGCCCGCAUCAUUGUCCUCCUGGGCGACCAGCACAGAAAGCUAUGGGACAUUGUCAAGGCAGCCGUUGCGCCGCACGUGGCCGGUAGCCAAGAGCGAGCCGCCGCUACGGAGGCGAAGCUGAGUUCCUUCCAAGCCGCAUAUGCUUCGAUCCUGUUCCUCGAAGACCCCUCCACGUACGACCCGCUCUCGUCGUUCGUGACGUACGCCGACAAAUUCGAAGCGUGGCGAGAGCAAGGGAGCGGCAUGCAUCAAUUGGUGCUCUGGACCGCGCUGGAGGCGGUGGGGCUGGGGGUCAACGUACAGCAUUACAAUCCGCUCAUCGACGAGGAGGUGAAGAAGACGUGGUCCAUUGAUGAGAAGUGGAAGCUGGUAGCUCAGAUGGUCGUCGGGAAGCCGGCGGGCGAGAGACCCAGUGCGAAGGAGCAGAAGCCGCUGGAGAGUAGAUACCGCAUCAUUUCUUGA